AUGAAUAGUAAUCAAACUUAUAUUAAAACCUUCUCUCGCGAUAUUAAACCUUCUGCUAGUGUCAAUACGAAUAUCAGCAUACCUAUUGAAAAUUCAAAAACGAAAAAUGGGCAGGUGGACGGAGCUACUGUUGUCGAUGACGAGACGAGAACAGAAUCUUUUAGAUCGCUUAAAUCUAGAUUCGAAAAAUUAACUCUACAGCAAUCACAAACUUCAGGUUCAACUUUUGUACUUGGUGGAGGCGUUAAUGUCAAUGGAAUACAAACGGCAAAUAAACCACAACCGCUACCCAAGCAGCAGCUCCAAAACGAGCCAAUUUCAGAAUUGACAAAAGAUGAAUCAUUAAAAAUCAAGGAUCAAAGAAAAUCCCCCAAACCUCCUGUUGUUAAUUUAACGGCAAGUAAUGCACCUAAACCACCAAAACCUGCGCCGCCGCAAAGAUCACCUUCCAAACCCAUUAGUCGGUCGACAUCUUCAUAUUUAACUAAUUCAGCGACAGACCUAAGAAUGGUAGAAGAUCAUCAUAAUCCAUUUGAUGACUCUCAGGGAAUUGAUCCUUUUGCUGAUGAUAAUGACCUGGUCGACCAACCACACCCGAUCGAAACUCCGUCAUCCAAUGUUAGAGUACCUCGAGCCAAACCUCAUACACCACCUGAUUUUUCAUCCCGGAACGACAAGAAUGAUGAUGAUGUUCAACGUCAUACACGUGCGACUCAAAGGAAAUCGUUAACGCCUGUUGCAGGUAAAGGCAAUAAACCACCAUUACCUGACCGUCCCCAAAUGCCACCGCCACCGCUUCCGAAUCGUCCGCCCUCACUGCGUUCGCAAACAGGAACGACCAUUUCAGGUGAAGAGGGUAAAAGUAGAAAACGUC